AUGGAGUCUGAAGAAAGCUUAAUAGCAGUCCCAAUUCCUGUUUCAGAAAUAGGUCCGAGUGUUCCUAGCCCAGCUUAUCCCAGUAAUUAUUGGGUAAACUGGCAAAUCCAUAAUUCCUUAAUGAAUAUUCAGUCCUUACCUGAAUCCAAGUAUGUGACCUCAUCUGAUGAUGACAUCGUCAAAUUGCCUAAGAAAAGAGGUAGAAGGCCUCUUAGACCCUUUGAUCCCAUUAAGAAAAAAACUGAAGAAAAGGAUAAAUACUGGCUUCGGUCUUUUAGAAGCUUUAUGAAGUUCAAUUACCCCAAAAUAGAACACACAUUAAGCACCCAGGAUAAAGUAUUUUUACAAGAGUAUUUGAGCCCUAGAGGCAAGCCAGACAAAGGGAAUAAGUUUUUAUCGUAUGGGAAGAAGUACAAAGACUAUCUGUUUUCUCAUCAGAUAUUUGUUGAUCAGUAUAGAGAGUGGUUCAAAAGCUACGGUCAGGCAGAGCUUUCGAAAAAAUGCAAAGUAGGGAGCGAUUUAUGGUUUGUUUAUUAUGAUUAUGCAUCAAAAGACUUAUUCAGCUACUCUGUAAGCAAGAAAACUGAGGAUGAACACAAAGAAUCUGAAGACUUGCUUCUUGCAAAACUUGAGGAAAAUCCAAUGAUGCAGGUUAUAGGCUAUUACUAUAUCACAGCAUUUUUGAGGUUUUUCGAAAAUAAUAAUGCUAAUAAAAACAAUUCUAGUUAA